UUUUCCCAUCAGUUUAUUUACUGUGUGCACUGGAGCUAAACGUGACUUCAUUGCCUGAAAUUGCUUGCUCCACAUCUUUUUGCCCAAAGUACCAUCUCAUAAGUCCCUCAGGAGAGAGGGUCCAACGUGAGAGGGACAACUAUCCAGCUUUUCUUUGAGAUUUUCCACCAAACAAAAAUCGAAUUUUCCGGAAGAUUUUGUCUCUUCCAGAAAAAAAAGCUGUGUUAAUUUUUUUCUUGAUUGAUGUGGGAUUGUGCAGAAAUUUUGUGAUAAUCGUGCAUUUGAUCCUGGAAAAGUGCUACCAAUUCUUCCCAUCUGAACUUUAAAUUCCCCAAAUGUAAAGAGGAGAGUCUGGAAAAGUCAUACUGAUUUUUUUGUGGUUCGGAGCGCAACAAGAGAUAGAGGAAUCGAUUUUUUCGCCGAAUUUUUCAUUCAGUGCCAAAUGUAAGAAGGUGAAAAGUUGGAAAGUCCAUAAAGAAAGAGAAUCGAAGCAUAUUUUGCAGAAAAAAACUUCGCUUUUCUGGACCAUAAAUAGCCCAGAGAGAAAGAGGGAAUCAUGAGUGAGACAUUUCCAGCUCUGUUGGAGCUGAAUGUAGGUGGUGUGCACUAUUCCACAAGCCUGAAAACCCUGCGAGCAGAUGAGGAUUCGCGUCUGGCGGAAAUAUUCACAGGAAGUGCUGGAGAUGUAGAGAAGGAUGCCAAGGGUCGGUACUUUUUGGAUCGCGAUGGGGUUCUCUUUCGCUAUAUCCUGGACUAUUUGCGAGAUGGGACCCUGACACUUCCGGACGGAUUCCGGGAGAAUGAUCGGCUCCGACAAGAGGCUGAGCACUUCCGACUCAGUGGGCUCCUGAAAUGCCUGUCGGGCCUCUCAGAAGCCCGACCAUCGGGCUGCAUCACCGUCGGCUACCGCGGGAGCUUUCAAUUUGGCAAGGAUGGAUUGGCUGAUGUGAAAUUCCGAAAACUCUCCCGUAUCCUCGUGUGCGGACGUGUAGCCCUAUGCCGAGAUGUUUUCGGGGAUACUCUCAAUGAAUCCCGAGAUCCUGACCACGGAGGUCCAGAUCGCUAUACGUCGCGCUUCUUCCUCAAACACUGCUUCAUCGAGCAGGCAUUCGACAUGCUCCAGGACCAGGGAUUCCGCCUUGCGGGUAGCUGUGGCUCAGGAACAGCCGGAGCUGCCACUGAACUCAAACCCGGAGUGGACGUAGAGGAGAAUCGAUGGAAUCACUACAAUGAGUUUGUGUUUAUCCGUGACUAAAGUGAACUAAAGUGAUUUGCAAGGGAGAAAAAAUCGUCUCCAAGCAAUACAGUUGGGUGUCUAAAAUACUACAGCAGAGAUUUUUUGGUAUUUUCUGCAUUCAGCUGAUUGUUCUUCCUACGGGAAUGUACAUUUCUUUCCCACCUUUCUCACAACUCUAAACUCUGUGAUUCCUACUCGAUUUUCUAAAUUCAUCCUGUAAAACAUUUCCUUACCCUCCCUGAAAAAUUCCGAAAAAACUUCCGAAUUUACGAAAACAAUCCAACAAACAAAAAUGAAUUUAUCGCACUAUGGAGACCAUUGCAACUUUCUCUUUUCCUCUAUAAUUAUUUUCAAAAAUUAAAAAAAUUAAAUUCGAAGACACAAACCCCUUGAAUGUAAUUGUGAUAAAAAAGACACCACUUUUAGAAGAUGAAAAAAUAUUGUCUACUAGAAAGGAGUUGUAAGGAAACUCAUUUAAAGGGCAUUUUAGUAGAAGUAUCAAAAAGUUAAGGGCUAAGCACAAGUAAUAUUUGAGCAAGUUCAAUGACGUCAAACGAUAAAAACAAAUAUUUCUAACUUAGAAAUGACCAAAGGUUUAAUUCAAAGAAAUAUAGAGAUCAAUCCAUGAAGACUGGAAUACAAUAAGUUGAUAGGGAUUUUACUUCUGAGGAAAAAUCAUAAUAAAACACAAAUUAUAUUUAUUGCAAUCCGCUUUGCUUUUUCCUUUCUUAAAGUGUCUCGGCUAGAAAAGUAACUUCAACUCUAUUGGCUCUUUUAAACGUGGAUAUUUCGAAAUUCACCGCACAAGGCACUCUACUAACAAAUUUCUGAAAAGCUUCCCCAUUACUGUUUAAUUUCGAAAUACUUUUUAAUUUCGAAAAUGAGUAGGGCGAGGUUGGGCUUCUUUGAGCAAAAAAAAAGCCAAGCCUUGAAAUUAAUUCAAGUCCACAAUUGUUUUGUACAACAAAAUUACAUUACGUUGAAGCACAGUUUCCUUUAGAAAUAUUCGAAAAGAUCGUAUAGCAAUGCAACAACAUAGCUCUGUCCCAUUAUUUAAUCACUCCAUAAUCACUGAGUAAUUUUUUUGCUAGGUUUAUAGUGCAAUAUUUCAUAAAUGUUCCCCACCUCGAUCGAAAAUUCAUUAUGAAAAUUCGAAAUUGAAUUUGAAUUUUUCGAACAUCGACUUUUUGUGCAAAUAGAGUUACGUUUAGCUUUUAUCGAAAAACACUAUUGGAGAAACAAAAUCUAUUUGCACCCAUUAUGAAGCUUGGGACUGGGCAAAGCAUGAGAAACAUUGAGAAACUCAUCGGUUUAAAAUUUCGAACUUCCAGUAGGUUUUUAGGUUAGUUCUCUCUGAUACCUUCGAAUCGUUAUAGAAGAAACCUCAACCGGAGAGAAAUUUUAAAUUAGGAACGUAGGGAUUCUGGAUAUUUGAAUUCUAAGCACUUUUAGAGAUGUACAUUAAAAUCUUCAACUGAAUUUGUGAUAAGUUUUUCUGCAAAACUUACCAACAGUAAGCUAAUUAUUGUGAAUCGUACAGAUCUUUUAACGAUGAAGCCAUUCAAAGUUCAUUUAGAUCGGGAUAUUUCGAAAUCCACUUUCUAACAGUUUAUUAGAAUCCCUACAAGUGUACAAUACAUUCCAAAGAAGAUAUUUCGAAUCAAAAUACCAUCGUUUAAUUUGUUCGUCUGUGGAGAUUUCGUUUGCCGAAAUAUAGGCAAUUGAAGCCCAAUAGCGGUUUUUAUUUCGAAAGGAGAAUUUCGAAACAAAAUGUCCCUGAUAUAAAGACGCAUUAAUAAGAUAAAAAGUCUUUUAAGUUUGAAAAUUUAAAUUUAAUUUGAUUUUAGACAGAAUAUUUGCACUAGAGAAGCUUUGAAAAUCGAACAAGAAAGUGUGUAUACAUUAUUUUCGAAUUUUGAUAACAGAUUCCUAAUGAUAUUUUAACCGAUGAAAUGCCACGUGUAAGGGAGUUCUAGAAUUUUUGUAGCAAUGUCACCCUUAAGUUCGAAAUCUGACAAUGCCAAUCGAGCUCUUUUUCUUAUAUCACAUGAGUUCGAAAAUGCAUUUACAUGAUUUUUUAAUGAAAUCUAUAUGCUUAGUGAUAUUUUGCAAAUACAAUCGGUCUUCGUUGAUUUUUUUUCAUAAAAUUCACUGUCAUUUGAAUUAACAAAAAAGACAAAUACGUGACUUCUGAGAAUGUGACAUGGAAAUAUCACGGUUACAGAAUCACUUUUCCGAAAAAGCUCUCCUGAGAUUCGAAAGCAAUUUGUCAAAUGGCGUUGUAGAAUGUUACGUAUUGCCCUUCUGGGAGUCCAUUAACAAAAGAAAAUUCUAUGAAGAAAAAACAGAAUAUAUUGGAAUUUUUUAAAUUAUCAAAAUAAAAAAUUUCAAGGAAUUGUCUGGAGAAAAACUUUAAAUAAGAAAAAUCGAGAAAUUUUAAAAGUUUCAAAUGGGAGUUGAAUCCUAGCCCUGUGUAUCAAAAGACCAAUGAUUUGUAUAGGGUAAGAUGGGGUAAUUUGGAAUCAUGUCUAAUUUGGAACACUGAACAAAAAAGUACUCUUGAACGUAAAGUAUUGUACUUUUUUGUGGUUUUCUUUUUCUCUUUGACCAUUUGAAACAGGGAGAAAAUUUUAAAAUUUCAGAAUAGAUAUGAUUCUAAAUUACCCCAUCUUGCCCUACCUAGUGUCAUAUAUAUAUUUUUAAUAACAAAUUUUGAUAUUUAAAAAAGGAAACCUAUACUUAGUUUAAAAAAUAUUUUAAAAAAUAUAUAAAAUAAAUUAAAAUACUGGUUAUUAUUUUUCUAAAAACGAUAGAACACUGAAAAAUCAAAAUAACCGCUUUGACGUCAUUUCUUGCAAAAUACUUGUGCGCAGUCCAUGAGAAAAUUUUUCAAUAUAUAUUGUGUAAAUAUUUAAUGAAGAAAAAUUAAUUCAUGUAAUUUUUAACACUCCUGUAUAUUAGUUUAGCCAACCUGCCACAACUCCUUGGCAGGGUCGAAGUUUCGAGGGAAAAUUUAUGGUUGAUCGAAGAGACGGGUAUAAUUGAGUUAAUUAUCACCCUUCUGAGUAACUACUUCGAAAGUUCAUCUGAACUUGUAUUGUACCUUUUUGACAGAGAAUUAUUUUCGCUAGAAAUGUUCCGCAUGAAUUUUUUGAUUUAUCAAAUGGGAAAAGUUUAAUAGACAAUGUCAUAAAAAAAUCUCAAAGUAUUUAAAAUGAUAGAUAAAAUAAAACUGAUAGAACAAAAUUAAAAAAAAAAACGAAAAUCAACAAGUAAUGUAACUAAAUCAUAUAAGAUUAGUGAUUAAAACUCAUAAGAACGAUCAAAUGUUUUCUGGAAUUGCAUUGUGGAAGGAAGGUACUGAAACUUCUUUAAAAAUAAAAAAAAGGAAAGUGGAACAAAUACUUUUCCAUAUGACAGAAUCUCCUUGAUCUUUCAAAAUAGAAGCAGAAACUUUUAAAAGAAGGCAUUAUGCAAGAAAUUCUAGUUAAUUUUUGAGUGGAUUAAUCCAUAAAUGUAAAAGAAUAAAAAAAAUCCAAUCCAAAAUAUAAAAAAAAUGUGGGAUAUUGUAGUUAAAAACAGAAAAUUCAACAAUAAAAUGAUUAUAAAUGAGAAUAAUUGAUAGAUUAAACAGCA